AUGGUCACGAGACAAAGAGGACGUGCUGCUGGUUUCUCGCUCUAUGUGUCAAACACAACGAUAAAGGAGGAUGGGUAUCUGUGUUACAAAAAUGGACAGGAGUUACCGCCCUUGGAUUUCAGUACCACUUGCGUCAAACAUGGACGUUACGUUAUAUUUUACAAUGAACGACUUGGCGGAAUAACUUAUCCUACCGGAUAUGAAACAGCCGCAGUUCACACUGAAUUGUGUGAAGUAACUGUGACAGGUUGUGAAGAAUCCGAUGUGUUUGGAUAUAACUGUGAUCUACCCUGCCCAAUUAACUGUCAGGAAUCGAGAUGUGACAUUGUCAACGGAACGUGUUUGGUGGGAUGUACUGCAGGAUGGGUGGGAUACUUUUGUAACAAAUCAUGCCCAGCUGGAUAUUACGGUCUACAGUGUAAUUCUACGUGUAUUGGACACUGCAGAGACAACCUGUCCUGUAAUCACACCACUGGUCGAUGUGACUAUGGAUGUGAGUGUCCAGCAGAAUCAUACGGUCCUGAUUGUAUGUAUAACUGUAGUGGACAGUGUCUGAGUUACCUCCCCUGUAACAGGACAACAGGAAGAUGUGACGGAGGCUGUAAUCCAGGAUAUACCGCGGAACUCUGUGACAAAGAAUGCUCAGUAAAAACGUACGGCAAAGGUUGUGGAAAUCACUGCAGCAGUCAUUGCAGAAAUAUGACAUGUGAUCCAAUCAAUGGAUCUUGUUUGGAGGGCUGUAUUCCCGGUUACUUGGGAAGUUUCUGCAACAAACCAUGUGACAAUGGAACAUAUGGACUCAACUGUUCCCAGAAUUGUUCUCAGAGCUGCCUCGACAUUUGUGAUUCUGUUGACGGAUCCUGCACGUGUUCCUCUGGGUGGACGGGGUCCCCUGACUGUAAUGAAAUUUGCAAUGCUACGUUUUAUGGAGAAAACUGUUCUGUGCGAUGUAAUGAGAACUGUGUCAACCAGUCAUGUGACCAUAUCACAGGCAGCUGUACAUACGGAUGUAAACCGGGAUGGAGGACUCACAACUGCACACAGAGUAAUUCUUAA